AUGACCAGGCAACGGGGGAUCGACCUUACAGAGGCAGAAGGUUUAGACAAUGAAAAGCGUCUACGGCUCUUAGGGAUCAUCGAUAGACUCCGAGAAUUGGGCAUCAGUGAGAAUGUGUCCCUUCCUCAGCUCGUUGUGGUCGGUGAUCAAUCCAGCGGGAAGUCGUCCCUGUUGGAAGGGUUGACAGGCCUUUCUUUUCCGGUAGCCAGUGAUCUCUGCACGAGAUUUGCCACCCAGAUAGUCCUUCGUCGAGCGCCCGCGGAAGACGCCGAAGCAAGGAUUACGAUCAUCCCGGGACCCACUUCGCGUCUAGACGAAGCCCUGAACCAGCGACUUCUUGCAUUUGAGAGGAGACUGGCAGCCGUCGAGUUUGGAUACCAGGAGUUUGAGGACAUCUUUGAUGAGGCGGCGACUUGUAUGGGGGUACCUGGCCCAAAGACAGCCAACCUGGAAGAUGUAGAAAAAAGGUUCUCAGAUGAUAUCCUCAAGAUUGAGCUUUCAGGACCAGAUCAUCGGCACCUCAGCGUUGUGGAUGUUCCAGGCUUGUUUCACAACCCGACCAAGUUUCAAACUGAAGAGGACCGCGCCAUUAUCCGAAAGCUCAUCCAAGACUACCUGACAGACAAACGUACUAUCAUUCUGGCUGUUAUGGAUGCACGCAAUAAUCUUGCCAACCAGGAAGUGUUUUCCAUGGCCCGAGCCGCCGACCCAGCGGGUAAGCGGACCGUUGGAAUCAUUACCAAAUGCGAUGCUCUCCAAGCGGGAGACGAAGCUGGCGUUCUGAGUAUCGCCAAAAAUGAAGUCGAACGUCUCACUCACGGAUGGUUCGUGGUUAGAAAUCGCUCUACACAGGAAAUACAAGCGGGUGUCACUAUUGAGGAACGACAUCGAAAGGAGAAACAGUUUUUCUCAACGGCCCAUCCCUGGACCGAGCUGAGAAAAGAUCGAGUCGGCAUCAACGCGCUGAAGUCCUUCCUGGGUCAUCUUUUGUACGACCACAUUCGUUCAGAAUUUCCUGCUGUCGUUGAGGAUAUUGAACGACUUUCUCUGGAGACCCAAAAAGAGCUGGAGGUCCUUGGUCCAUCCCGUCAGACCCCUGCGGAGCAAAGAAGGUUCUUGACUCGUAUCUCGACAACAUACCAGAAUGAGGUUGAAAAGGCAUUGAGGGGAAAUUAUAGCGCAGACUUGGACGCGCUUAGCCCACUCAAACUUCGGAUGCACAUACGACAACAUGCGGAGGAUUUUGCGAAGUCGAUGGCAACGAACGGGCACGCGAAAGUCUUUCGUACAAUCCGUGAUGAAAGUGACCCUGAAUUUCAAAGGCCAGCAGCUGACUCGGAAAACAUAUACGACUGGAUAAGGCGUUGCUAUCUUGAAUCUCGAGGUUCAGAGUUACCGGGAACUGUAAACCCAGUCGUGCUGGAGAAUAUGUUCCGCCAGCAGUCGAGUCCGUGGGAAAAAAUAGCGCUCCGCUACCUAGAGAAUGUGGCCUCGUCAGUUCACUCUUUCAACAAGGAAACAUUGUCAUCCAUCCUGCCUGACGACGACAUAAGGGAGAAGCUGUGGGGAAUCCUAUCUCCACCAGAACAGGAAACAUACCGCAAAGCACAUGAUCAGCUCCUCAACAUUGUGAAUGACGAAAGAGACGGUGUCCUCCAAACUGUCAAUCAUUAUUAUGCCGAUACUUUGUCUUCAAUUCGUCAAGAAAGAGUCACGGUUAGACUUGAACAACUAGGACUCAGUAAUGGGAUGUGUUUCGAUAUGAGCAGGGUGCUGCAAGGAGUACAUCUGAGCAACGAGGAUCAAGCUGUUUUCGACAUCCAUGACAUCUUGAAGGCUUUUUACAAGGUAGCUAUGAAACGUUUCAUGGAUAACGUGGUCAUCCAGGUUUGUGAGCGAUACAUUUUGGGCGAUGGAGGUCCCGUGAAAACAUUCUCGCCUGAUUUGAUAGGCGAUUUUGAGGAGGAUAAAUUGACAGAAAUUGCAGGUGAGAACUUCACAACGGCAAGCAGACGAAAUGAUCUGCUUUCCAAAGCUGCCCGUUUUCGAGAAGCUCUAGAAAUUGCAAAGAGGGCUGUGCUCUGA